AUGCCCAACUGGGAGGAGUGGUCUUUUUUUGAGGAAGAAGUUGUUGCUGAUGUAAGCGGAGUGGAUGGAGCUGCUGAGAUCCGAAAAGAGGAUGCCCAACCUGCAAGGGUGCGACUGCUGCCUCGUUUGUUGGAAUUGCAACUUCAUGGUUGCCCGAAGCUGAGGGAUCUCCCGCAACAGCUUGGAAAGGGCACCACCUGUUUGAAGGAGCUCACCUUAAUAGGACUAAACAGCUUGAAGGCCGUGGAGGACCGCCCAGUGCUCUCUGAGGUCCUUGUUAUUGAGGAUUGUGAAGGCCUGGAGAGGAUCUGCAACCUCCCUCAACUGUCCGAACUGUGUGUACAUGGUUGUCCAAAUUUAAGCCAUGCAGAGGGGUUGGGCAGUUUUCAGCAGUUGGGGCUGGGCGAGGAUAUGCAAGAAGUCUCUUCCCGCUGGGUGUCUGGACUUCAUAAGCAGCACCAACGACUUCAUGGUGAAGACCUGGAUGUCUACACGCUGUGUACCAGUUAG